AUGUCGGCGGAUGCUAGCACAAAUUCGAAUGCUUCCCUAGACGAAAAAAAUUUAAACAUCACUUCAGAAGCUGAAAUCAAGAAUGAAGAUGUAACCGCAGAACCAGUUCUGAGCACGGUGCUAUCGCCCAACGGUAAAGUUGUCUACAUCGGUGACAAGGUUGAUGAGGCCAUGAAGUUGGCUGAGGAGGCCAAAGAAAUUGAGGUGACACCAGAAGAGGAUAGAAGACUACGUUGGAAGAUCGACUAUUGUAUGUUUCCCCUAAUGUGUAUACUGUAUGCCGUCCAGUUUAUGGACAAGAUUUCCACUGGUUCAGCGGCAGUCAUGGGAUUAAGAACUGACUUGAAAAUGCAUGGUGACCAGUACUCGUGGGUCACUUCUGCCUUUUAUUUCGGCUAUUUAUUCAUGAACCUAGGCCCGGUACAGUACAUUUUCCAAAGAACCAGCCACAUGUCCAAAAUGCUUGCGGUUUUUAUUGUCAUAUGGGGGAUGCUAUUGGCUUUACAUGCAGCUCCAACGGUUAAAUACCCUUCUUUCAUUGUCCUGAGGGUACUUUUAGGUUGUGCGGAAAGUGUUGUCACGCCCUGCUUUACCAUCAUCACUGCUCAAUACUGGAAAACAGAGGAACAAUUCACCAGAGUGUCAAUUUGGUUUGGUAUGAAUGGUCUUGGCUCCAUUCUGAUCAACGCAAUUGCGUAUGGUGUAUACAUUCACCAGGACUCUUAUGCUAUCAAAGGUUGGAGAACCUUAUUUGUCGUUACUGGUGUGAUAACAAUCUUCAUUGGUAUCUUGAUAUUUUUGUGGAUCCCUGACGAUCCAUCAAAAGCGAGAUUUUUAUCCAAAAGAGAAAAGUUAAUGGUUGUCCAAAGAAUUAGGUCUAACCAACAAGGGUUCGGUAAUCACGAAAUCAAAAGGUACCAAAUCAUAGAAGCGUUGAAGGAUGUCAGAACGUGGUUAUAUGUCCUCUUCACUGUGAGCUCUAAUAUUCCUAAUGGUGGUAUUUCAAGUUUUAUGAGUAUUUUAUUGAAUAGUGACUUUGGAUAUUCAUCAAAGGAAACCUUAUUAAUGGGUUUACCUACCGGUGCCGUUGAAUUGGUUGGCUGUCCACUUUUUGGUAUUCUAGCAGUUUACGCAGCCAACAAGAAAAUACCAUUUUGGAAAUAUAAGUUGAGUUGGGCUAUUUUUGCUGCUGUCUUAGCAUUGAUUGCUAGCUGUAUGUUGGGAUUUGCAACUAACUCCAAAAAAGCAAGACUGGCAGGUGCUUACCUAUGGUACAUCUCGCCUGUCUCAUUUAUCUGCGUACUUUCCAAUAUCAGUGCCAAUUCCUCAGGGUAUAGCAAAAAAUGGACUGUAUCUUCGAUAAACUUGGUAUUUUAUGCUGCAGCGAACUUAGCAGGCCCACAAACCUUUAUUUCUAAGCAGGCUCCCAAAUAUCAUGGUGCUAAAGUCGCUAUGGUCGUAUGUUAUGCUGUUAUGAUCGUACUUCUAUCUGCAAUACUUAUUAUCAACUUGAGGGAAAAUAAGAGACGUGAUAAGAUAGCCGCUGAGAGAGGCUUUCCUGAAGAAACAGAGAAUUUAGAGUUUUCUGAUUUAACAGAUUUUGAAAAUCCAAAUUUCAGAUACACUUUGUGA